AUGACCCGUAAAUAUGAUAAAUACAUAUGUCAACUCAAGCACAAUGUGCUUCAAGAAUAUCGUCCUGGAAUUUACAGUUAUGAAUUUAAAGCAUUAGCUAAACGUUUUAAGAUUAAAGAUGGUCAUAAACUUAUUAUGAGUUGGUACCGUCGAUGGGAUGGUGAUGUUGAUUCUUUAAAGCCAACAUCUAAAGGUUGUCGAUCACGUACAAUGACACGAAAACAAGUUAGACAUCACAUUUUAGAAUUUGUCGAAUCAAUGAAUAACAAACAUGUAGCUGUUGAUUAUAAUGUGGUUCAGGCACAUAUUGAAUCUGUGCUGAAGCGAAAAGUAUCGAUACGUACAAUCAGACGAUAUGGUAAAGAAUGUGGUAUAAAAUGGAAAAAACUUCUGAAAUAA